GAAGAAAUGGCACCACUAAUCCGUCGCUCCAGGGGAAAAGCUCACCCCAAAGAUCAGGGUACGUCCGCUCAAUCUUCUGCCUCCAACGGUUCUUCACCUCUUGUUCAGCCCGAACAGUCCCUCAUUAAUGAUGGGUGCCAGUCGGGCGAUGACUUGGCCAUAUACGAAAGGGGGAUGCCUGAACGGCCCCCUAGACAUAGCUUGAAUUUCCACUGUAUCCGGAAACAGCGUCAACGUCUUCCCGCGGAUGCCGAACAGACGCUCCGCCUGUUAUUGCCCCCACCCCGCCAGUUUUAUGCGGGUUUCAUCAAACACCCGAUGAUGCACCGUUCGGGAUGUGUCCUCGUUCACAUGGAUGCUUUGAUUGCCGGUCUCCGGUUUCCUCUGCAUCCCUUCGUAGUAGAGUUCCUUCGCCGAGUAUCUGUCUUGCCAGCACAGUGCGUGCCCAGCACCUAUCGGAUCCUGAGCGGUUUCAUUGUUUGGUGCCACGAGAUGGGAAUUGCUCCCAACGUAGACCUCUUUUUACACUGCUACAGCAUCCAGCCGUACUGGACGACCGGGUACCUGCGGCUGGUUGCCCGCCCUGGUCGGGCUCUCUUCACCGAUAACCCUUCCCCAUCUGAGAAGUGGGAGGAGCGGUUUAUCUUUGUCCACGUGGGGUUACCACUUCCAUUUCCCGAUCGGUGGAAUACCUACCCCGCUCAGGAUAGGGCACCUGUGUUGGAUGCUGCCCUUCUCUGUCAGUAUGACCGGUUCUACAGGAUGAGCCCUAGGAACGUCCGGUCUAUCCUGACCCCUUCCAAGAUGCAGUCUGCUGGCAUCGGUGUGAUUCUUCCAGCGUCCACCAAGCGUCCUGUUCCAACCCCUUCUUCUACCGUUCCAGCCGAUAAAGGCAAGGGGAAGGAUACUCGGCAAGGUUUUUUCUCUGGCCUUGGGUCUGGGCCAGUAAAUAAACGCCCGCGGACUGAAUCCUCUGGCCAGCUGGUCCCGAUCGAUCACGUCAUUGAUUUGACUGAUCUGAAUCUAGCGGCGAUGCAUGUUGCCUCCUCUUCC